AUGGCGGACACGGCGGACACGGUCAAACCGCUCUAUGAGCCUCUGGACUAUGAACGGCGGCAGAUACGAGUCCUCAUUCUUCUUCCCGGGCAAUUCUCCGAUCCUAUUGCGGGCCGUAUGAAGAUUGUUUCGUUGGAUGACAAGCCCGAAUACGACGCAAUGUCAUACGUCUGGGGGGAUAAGACUAAGCAGCGAACGAUUCACGUCAACGGUCACGACGUGCGUGUUACAUUAGGCUUGUUUCUAGGAUUACGUCAAUUCAGAGAUGAGUCUAAGGAGUAUCCGCUCUGGGUAGACGCUAUUUGCAUAGAUCAGUUGAACCAAGAUGAGAAGUGCAAGCAAGUCAGCUUAAUGGGGGAUGUUUACCGCCAGUCCAGGGAAACCCAGGUGUGGUUAGGGGAAGAAACGGGAUCGCUGCCUGGCUUAACAGACCCUCAACUAAUUGACAAGUUGCGGAUAGCCCUCUUUGCCCGGGAAAACGGGCUGAGUCUACCUGCUUUUGAGGGUAAUGAGACCUUGACGAAGCUUUUACUGGACAGACUCUUGAGCACAGAGAAAGCACGUCGGGCGCUUCGGGAUCAGAUUGCAGCUGCACGGCCCUUUGGCUUCAACGGCAGCUUCUCACAUUUCAAUGCCUUUUAUUUACUCGAGCAUCUCGCUCUGAACAAACACCUUCACGAGAUCAUUGGGACGACAGACGGCGACCCGGAGAGAUUAUUGAAUGCGGAAGUCAAGUGGACAAUCAUGGUGUACUCUCUAUGGAUAUUUGUUUGGAACCCGUGGUGGCACCGGGCUUGGGUCGUUCAGGAAAUCAUAUUGUCCCCCAAGGCUACUGUUACCUAUGGACGGUUUAGCAUGCCAUGGCCUCAGUUCUUUCGCGCGGUGCAGAAUUCUUCAGCGCAUUCCAAAACGUGCUGCAACAUGGACUACAACAAUCUAGGGGUGGCAGACCGCUUGGUGUUGCGAGCCUUCUACCUGAAUGUGGAUGGCAUCUCCGCCAUAAAAUAUUGGGAUUCGUAUGAACCAGGUAAGCUUUCGGUGAGAGACCUUCUCCAGCGCACGCGCAGUAGGGAGGCGACUUAUGCCGUAGACAAAGUCUACUCUCUGCUCGGACUACAACGCAGCAAGGGCAACAUUCUGAAGUUAGUACCGGACUACCGGAUCUCCCAUUCGGAGCUUUAUCGGAAUGUCGCUGUAUGGGAUAUAGAAUCAUCUGGAGGCCUCCACAUCUUGGAACACUGCGAGUGGCAGCUGAAUCUUCAGUUUUCCUCCUGGGUGCCGGACUGGACCCGUCAUCUGGGGCUAAACCAGAACACCCCGGCCAUUAAUAAUCGAUUUGAGUCCAUGGGCCUAUACAACGCGGAUAACCUUCGCAGAGGCAAGGUGGCGGUGUUGUCCGGCUGCAUUCUGGCGGUCGAGGGUAUCUUUGUCGAUGAAGCCACCGAGGUUUCGGACAUCAUGACCGGUAUAUGGUUAAUGGAUAUUCUAUUUAUGAAAAAGCUGGCGGAACUUCCUGUCAAGGAGAACUAUCCUGCUGAUUGCAGCCGUCAAGAAGCGCUCACACGGACUAUGAUAGCGGACUGCUUCCAGAAGUUUCCUUAUGGUGACGGACAGGCAACCGAACCUCGACUUCGACGUGCUUCUGUGAAGGACAUAGAGGAUUAUCAUGCUAUAUGGGGGCCUUACUUGACCGCCGAGGUGGAGAGUGUCAGGGUUAUGCUUGAUAUCGACCACCGAGCGGACAAGUUCAGGCCUUUGACAGAUUCCUUGCAGUUUGCCUCCGUAGAUCGAAGAUUCUUUGUAACCAAAACGGGCUACAUGGGCUUCGGACCGAGGACAAUGCGAAAACACGACCAUUUGUACGUGUUGCUAGGAGGCCGCACGCCGUUUAUCCUACGUCCCGACCCAUUGAUAUUACCAGGAUUAGCAGUAGCUAUGCUCGAUCUACGUGCACCAGCAGGCCUAGACCAUAGCCUCAUAGGCCCCUGUUUCGUCCACGGGAUAAUGGAUGGGGAAGUGGUCAGGGAUAGAGAAACAGAAUUGCGCGAUGUCUGGCUUGUAUAA